AUGUGGUGCCAGACGUUAUUGCUAGCCUCGUGCAUCAACUUGGUGUUUGCCCUGUGGGGCACUUACUACUCGUUUUCCGAUGGGAAAAUCUACAUGAAAUUGAAAAACAACGACUUGGUGGCCCUCAACUUUUCCAUCACUGGCUUUGAUGACUUGAACAAGUACUCACACUACUCGAUAGCUGACAUCAAUAUCCAACAGAACCAGGAAGUCUCUACCCUCAGUCUGCCUCCUACCAAUUCUUCGGUGUUUUUAUACAAUUCGAACUUAUAUGCUUUCACCAGCGGUACUCAAGACUCAAGUUAUGAUAUCUGCGGAGACGGAGUCAUGCAACUUCUGAAGUAUGAUUCACAUCAAGAUGCCUGGGUAUCUGCUACAGACAAUUUGACCUUUUCGGAUGUCUCCGACAUAUCCUUCUAUCGGGACUCGUCAUAUUUGGUCACCGAUGACUCUUCCACUGUUUACAUUUAUGGAGGACGGUGCUCAUCUGGAAGUUUCUCCAGCAGAAUGCUUUCCCUCGACAUGGAAACGAUGACGUUAGCUAACAUCUCCACCUCGACAAAACCACAGGCAUUCUAUGGUGCUUCCAAUCUAUGGGCACCUAACCCGCAAAAUCAGCUUGUUAUCGGCGGCAGGGCCGCCUCUGGAUGGAUCAACAUGUACCAAUUGGCAACAUGGAACUCUCAGUCGGGCUGGCUGUUCGAGCUGGUCGCAGAGGGCAAUACCAUCAUAGGCUCACGUAUCAAUCCGCUCGUACUACCAAUUUUUUCUCCUUUGGCAGACAACACCACUUCAACUUUCACUAACAACUACAAGGUUACAGAUGUCCUUGCAAUUGGAGGAGAAUCUGCCAAAGGAAGCCUUUCGGACUGGUCCAAGCUCUCCAUCUCAUCUAACCAGUGGGAGUGGUCAACCAUGAAUACUUCUAUUGAAGCAAGCGAUGUUUUAGGUGCUGCCGUUAUCUUCGAUACUUUGGUAGUCGUCAAUGGGUCAUCCUUGACCAAAAGAGACACUUCUACCUCUUACACUCUCAGUCUCUAUGAUAUCACCUCGCUGCUUAAACUGGUGACGGAUCUCAAGUCAAACACGGUGACAGAAACACAAACAUCACACUCCUCCAGCUCCAGUCAUAACAGAAACACUAUAAAGAUUGUGAUAGGUGUUCUUGUCCCAUUAGUGGUACUUUCUUUGUUGGCAUCUGCAGUGUUCUACUACUUAAAGAAAAGAUCCACCAACGAUGAAAAGAGCUUACACACGGUCGAUUACCCAUUGGGACAUUUCCGUACCGCACUGGACUUCUCAUACGACCCUCUCCGGCCCCAUCCGUUGUACAAAAACAGUAAUGACACCGCAUCAACGCUAGAGGUCGGGUCGAUAGACUCGUGGGUGCGCAAGAGACAAGAAUACGAUGCCAAAAGGCUCCGAACAUUGAAGCGCCACAGCUUCUUGGCUUCCAAUGAGACUCUAAAUGGCCAUUUGGUGGACCGCCAUGAGCAGCCACUAAUUCAAGACGAACUGGGUGAACGUGGUUCAUUCAGCGAAGAGAGAUCGAGCGGAGAUAUGGGACGUUUAAGUGAGGGAAGUGAUGGCCAUAACAGCAAAGAAAGAUACAGCGGAGAAAGUAGCGAUAGAGAUGGAAUUGACAUAGCACAGGAAAUGUCCCAGGUGGAAGUGUCUUCACCUCGGAAAAGUCUUCAUAAGUCCUUCUCAUACAGCCACACACCUCCACAUCUGCCUCGAUUGAAGAAGUCAUCUAGACUCGAUCCUGGAUUCAUCGAUCUUGGAAAUAUGUUGAUGUCAGAGGAGAACAUUGACGACUCAGACUCGUUCGAUGAGAACAUGGACGUACAGGUGUUAGUGAGUUCCAAGCGGAAGUCUGUUCUUCGAGUGAUGAAUCCAGACAAGGAUACGCUGGAAAUUCGGCUGCGGGCACCGUCCAAGUGA